AUGGGUCUACUUUCCACAAAGCACAAGUUUAUUCCCAACUACAAAUGUGAUGUUCAGAACAAUCUGAUAGCUGUCAUCGGGGGACUUGUUCCUAGAAUCACCAUCAACAUGGCCACCAUCUUAAAUUCAUACAAGAUUCCACAGCUCUCUUAUGGAUCAUUUGCCUCAGAGAUGAGUGACCAAACAUUACUCUCCUGUGUGUACCAUAUGGUUCCAAAUGAAAGCUACCAGUACACUGGGAUUGUCCAAUUACUUCUGCAUUUCAGAUGGACAUGGGUUGGGCUCUUUGUUGUGGGAGACGACAAUGGAGAACGGUUUUUGCAAGCAGUGGUCCCAAUGCUUUCCCAGAAUGGUAUCUGUUUCGCCUUUAUAGAAAGAACUUUUAAAAAUACUGAUAAUGAUGAAAUCAGAGAGUUAUUUUUAAUAUCGCUGAAGAAAUUUCCGGCUCUCAUGAGAAACAAAGCCAAUGUAUUUGUUGUCUAUAGUGUAUUUCCAUCAAUGCGACUGUUGAGUUGGCUUCUUCAUAUGACAGCCUUAGAUUCACCUAUAGGAAAGGUAUGGAUUGUGACAGCACAUUGGGAUUUCAGAUCAACUACUCGUGAAAGAGACCACAGUAUACAACCAUUCCAUGGUGCUAUAUCCAUUGCAGUUCACUCAAGGCAACCACCGGGAUUCAGAAAUUUUCUUAAGCAUAUAAAUUCCUCUUGGGCAAAAGGUGAUGGUUUUAUCCAGGACUUUUGGGAGCAGGCCUUUAGAUGUUCAUUGAAACAUUCCAGUAUGAGUGAAGGUGAGAAAAGUGAAGUAAACUGUACUGGGAAGGAGAAGCUGGAGAACCUUCCUGGACCUUUAUUUGAAAUGAGCAUGACUGGCUACAGCUACAGUAUUUACAAUGCUGUUCAUGCUAUUGCACAUGCCUUCCAUGCUAUGUAUGAAGCCAGAAUCAAACACCAAACACGGGUGGCUGGAAGGAAGCUGGAGCCUUGGAACCCACGGCCAUGGCAGCUCCAUCUCUUUCUGAGGACCAUCUCAUUCAACAACAGUGCUGGAGAGACUGUGCAUUUUGAUGAAAACAGAGAAAUAUCUACUGUGUUUGAUGUUACAAACUGGAGAACUUUCUCAAACAAGUCUUUUAUUAGAGUGCAGAUUGGAAGCCUCAGUCCUCAUGCUCUUACAGGCAAGGAGUUAACUAUUCAGGACGAAAUCAUUGUGUGGCACAGAACAUUUAACCAGGUGCUGCCCUUUUCUGUGUGCAAUGACAACUGCCAUCCUGGUUACAGCAGGAGAAAGAAGAAAGGGAAGCCAUUUUGCUGUUAUGAUUGUAUUCCAUGUCCAGAAGGGAAGAUUAGUGACAAGACAGAUAUGGAUGCCUGCAUCAUAUGCCCAGAAGUCUACUAUACAAAUUCAGAUCACAAUCAAUGCAUUCCCAAGAUUAUAAGCUAUCUCUCAUAUGAAGAACCUUUGGGAAUCACUCUAGCUUUUUCUGCUAGUUGUUUUGCUCUGACCACAGUUUUAGUGUUUGGAACCUUCAUCAAACAUCAGGAUACUCCCAUAGUCAAAGCCAACAAUGAGACCCUCACCUACAUUCUCCUCACUUCCCUGUUUCUCUGCUUCCUCUGCUCCUUGCUGUUCAUUGGUCAACCUGUAAAAAUGACUUGCCUUCUCAGACAAACUAUUUUUGGCAUACUUUUCUCUGUAGCCAUUUCUAGUGUUUUGGCCAAAACCAUCACUGUGGUGUUAGCAUUUAUGGCCACUCAACCAGGCUCUAGAAUGAAGAAAUGGAUGGGGAAAAGACUGGCAAUUUAUACCGUCCUUUCCUGCUCUUCCCUUCAAGCUGCCAUUUGUACUAUUUGGCUAAGUACUUCACCUCCAUUCCCAACUAUGGAUAUGAAUUCAUUGAAUGGGAUAAUAAUAAUGGAAUGUAAUGAAGGGUCAGUCUUUAUGUUCUAUUGUGUCCUGGGUUACAUGGGCUUUCUCGCCGUUUUCAGCUUGAUUCUGGCUUUCCAAGCCAGGACGUUGCCAGACAGUUUCAAUGAAGCAAAGUUUAUCACUUUCAGCAUACUGGUAUUCUGCAGUGUUUGGCUGUCCUUUAUUCCAAUGUACCUGAGCACCAAGGGCAAAUAUAUGGUGGCUGUGGAAAUCUUCUCCAUCUUAUCUUCCUGUGCUGGGCUUCUGGUUUGCAUUUUUUCCCCUAAAUGCUACAUUAUUGUGAUGAGGCCCAAGCUGAACACUAAAGGGAGGCUAAUGAGGAAAAAUUAA